CUCAGCAACAUCAUCGUGAUUAAGUUUUCCUCGGGUUGGCACAGGAAUCAAGUCUUUCAAUGGUUCCUCGACAACUACAUUCACAAGCGUUUGAAGCUUUGGUGGUGGUCUAUGGCAACAGGACGAGAAUCCAAUCAUGAAGUUCGCAUUCGAAAGACACUCAGCGAAGAUGCGCGAUUGAGAGGACGAUUCCUGAAAGCAGCCAUGGAAUGCAUAAAUGGUCACGAUGUGGAGUUUUACCCAGUAUGGAACGAGAAUGCGGUUCGCAUCAAGUACUCUCACGACUACCUCAUCUGGCUCCAUUUCUCAUACGCGAACGCGACAUGUUCUGUUUUC